AUGGAGUCAAACAACGCCAAGUACGAGAAUAAUAUUUCUGUGGAUACUUCAGAAUCCCGAGAUUCCAGACACCGGCGCCAUAUUGCUUUUGUGAACGAUGCUUACUCAUCUGAUGAAUCAGAAACAGACGGUUCAUCAGCAACGUCUGGCUAUAGUUCCCGAGCUAGCAGUCCCCAUGAUCUGAGCGACGGUGAGGAUGGAGUGGUGUAUGAGAGUACGAAGCCGCUCAUCCACACGCUGGAGUACAUCCUCUGCGUGAAGGAAAUGUGUGACGUCACAUUCCUUGCUGGCAAAACGAAGGAACCUGUUUACGGACUGCAGGCAGUCAUGGGCUCAAGGUCAAGAUACUUCUAUCAAUUAUUUCUAUCAAAACGGAAAACACACACGAGAAAGUCCAGCAAGGUUAAGAGGGGAUUUUUCUCCUUCUUCAAGAAAAAGUCAAAGAAAACAAGCCCUGAAGCAACUGGAGCAUGUGACACCGGAGACAACCACAUCACCAUUCCUGUUCCCGACUACGACCACGACGUGGUCAGGAAAGUUGUCACAUUCGUUCACCUUGGUCACGUGGCCAUGACAACAGAUAGUGUCAUAGUACCCAUGUGUUUCAGGUGA